UUGUAAUACUGAAAUGUUAACGUCCGGUGCCAGUUUACCUGGUUAUAUCAAGCUAUAAUUACUUUAAUGGACAGUCCGGGAGUUUUUUUUAUAUAUAUAUAAAAAAGUGCAUCAUGCUAGUAAUGUGGCUAGCCUGCAACAAGAUGGCGUCCUACUGUCCGGCAGUUAAUUGUAGUCCGUUUAUUGCUGUAAUACUAGAACGUAACUAUACUCUGCCACUUUAGCGUCUCAAGUGAGUUAUAUUAAGCUCUAUUCCAUUUCAGAGUCAGCCACUAGGAGUAAUUAAAUGUGGGCGGCUCAUUUUGGGCAAUAAGGAGGUCCGCCUUUGAUGAUCCCGUCUUUGGAUUGCCGUGCGUCCCUUUGCAGCUAUCCAAAAAUGAAGAAAAUACUGUCCAGCAUCUCCAAGAAGCUACGAGCAGGCACAACAGACCGUGGCUCUGUCAACUCUGUUGGAUAUGAGGUGAAGAAAGACGAGCUGAGAGGUAUCCACAAGGCUGCUUGGAAGGGUGAUGUGGCCAAGAUGGAGCGUUUGUCCAAGAGCAACGAUAUCAAUGAAGUUGACCAGCAGAACAGGACAGCACUUCACUUCGCUUGUGACAGUGGACAUUCUGAGGUGGUGAAGUUCCUUGUGGCGAAAAAAGCCAAGCUCAAUUUAUGUGAUAGUCAAAAUAGGUCCGCCUUGAUGAAGGCGGUGCAAAGACAGCAUAAUCACUGUGUGAGCAUUCUACUGGAAAACGAUGCCGAUGCUAACUUGGUGGACGCAGACGGCAAUACAGUUUUACAUUUGGCAGCCAGGUUCUCAGCCAACUCCACCGUUGCCUUGCUCUUGACGAAGAACGUUGACAUCAAUGGUCAAAAUCUGGAAGGUCUCACACCCCUGGCAUUGGCAGUCCAAGGAGACUACGUAGAAGUGGCUGAUUGUCUGCUGAACACAGGCGCUGAUGUGAAUAUUGUGGACAAAGAUCAAAGGUCGCCAUUGAUGAUAGCUGCCGGCAAUGGAUAUGUCAACAUGGUGCGAUUGCUCCUGCAGUUUGAAGCCGAUAUUAUGCUGACUGAUAACAAAGGACAAUCAGCUGAGGAGUACGCUGUGACGAAUGGCCAUCAGGCAUGUGCUCUCCUCAUCACCGAGCAGGAUGCCCGAAGGAGCCUGGUGGGCUCCUCAUCUCAAGCAGGUUCAAGUAAAAAAACAACACUGCAAACUCGACUCUCCGUGGCAGGCAUUCAUUCCCCUGUAGCUGAACAUGAAGACGGUGUUGAUUCCAUAAGUGGACACACUCAGAAGGAAGAUCUAAUACAACCAGAGGGUAAACGUAAAGGACCAACAGAAGGACAGAUUGACCUGCUGGAAGAGCUUGGUUUGGGAGCACUUGACAGUUUUAAAGAUUCAUCAGACGCAGACAUGCCGAGUAAUAUCAUCAGUAGAAGUCUUCCAGUGUGUGCCAGGACGUCUGCGACUGAAGUCUUCCCAGAACGCUGCAGUCCUUCUGUUGAGGAGGAGGUGUUAGUUAAUAUGUCUCAGAAAAUGCCGGUUCUUCCUAAGACAAUCUGUUCAAAUGAGACAGCAUCUCCUUUCCCUGCUCUACGUCCUCAAACCCUAAUGAUGAUUGUUGCAGAGAGUGAAGAAGAAUCAGUUUGGGACCAGGGCAGUUUUUCGUCAUCAUGCAGCAAGACCAAAGCUGACAAUCAGCAGCUUCAAGCGGCAGCUCAAGCAGGCUCCCUUGAACUCCUGGCAAGUGAGGGAAAAGGUUUUUUGCAGUCUGACGAGCAGCAACGGCAGGAGACGUUGCCAUCAGAGAGCCAGGAUGAGAAGUCAUACAAAGAAGUGGAGAAAAGCGAAACAAAAUCCAUUCUCACCAAUUUAGUUGGAGCUUCAAAAGGGACUCUUGGCAGGCGGUCCAAAUCAGAGGGAGUUGCAGAAGAAUGGCCGGUUGAAUCAUCCACAGCUGAACAAGAGUCAUGUGAUGAAGAGGAAGCGAGGUCCACGAUGCCACCCAUAGCAGAAGUGAAAAGCGCUGUCGUCAUUGAUGAACACCAGAAACGGGACUCUGUCCCGUUUUUUCAUCAACCUGUACAACCCCUCCCGAGUGAGUCACCACAACCCCCCACAGUGAAGAAGGAGAAUAGUGUGGACUCUCCCAAACCUGGGCCUUCUCACAGCCAACAGCUGAACCCUAAUCAAGAAGAAGCGGAGGCUGGCCGAGAGGAUGCUAAAAUUGUCUCAGUGGCAAAUCCCAAUGCUUCCACUGACCCCAGACCAAGUUCAGAUGUGCAGCCUGCAACUUUGAGUGAAAGAGAAGCCUCUCAUCAAGUAGAGAAACCAGCAAAUUUUCAGAGGGAGCUGGAGGCAACGCGACUCACGCAACAGCUGACCUUCAGCAUCGGCAGACCCGAGAGACGGUCUUUAGAGGACACCCCACAGCUGCCAGCGGUUAGCGAAGCACGCGGCCUCAGACUCCACCAGACCAAGAGCGGACUCAGUAGAGAUCUCCCUGUGGUUGACAGCACUUUGAGCGAUCUUUCGGAAGAUGACAUAAGCCGGUGGCAAAUUAGUGAACGACUAAGAAGAACACUGAACAAUAUUGCAAACGCAGAAGAAAAUGAGCUGUCUGAAGAUACCGAAGAGCUCAACUCGUCAUCAGAGGAUUCUGACCUCCUCAUUCAAAUUCUGGAUGCAGUCACAGACCCCAGACGUAAGAAGAAGCUACAGCAUUUUUUGUCUGAGCGCUGCAUUCUGAAGGAAACAGGCCAUCAUGUCUUUCUUGCAGAUAAGCUAUGUCAACAAGAAAGCAAUAUUCGUGUUUUGGAGAAAAACAACUUGGAGAUGGAAAAUGAAAUGGCACAUCUCAGACUUCAGCUGAAACGGGAGCAAGAGAAUGCCAGCAAUACCAUCAAGAUGUACAAAAACGCCAAAGAGAAGCUCGAGGAAGAACGCAGACAUGGCCAAAUGCUUUGGACUGUGGAUCACAACACGUUGGGCUCGCUGCUGCAGAAAGCCAACUGUCAGAAGUUCAAACAGAUGGAGGAAAUCGAGGAGGAGUACAAAAGAAGCAAAAGCAAUGAAGAACACCUGAGAUCAGAACUUGAGGUGAUACAGAUGCAUAACAACCUCAAACAGCGAGACCUCGUCCAGGAGAACGAGGCCCUCAAGGAAGAACUGGAAGAUAUUCGCCAAGACCUCAAACUUGCCAGUGACAAUCAGACCCUAAGUGUCUUGGAUUGGAACACAAAAAUUCAGGAGUUAAGGUAUGAGAUAACGCUAGCCAACGCCCGUCUGGAGAAAGAGCAGAAGGAUCGUGACGUAUUGGUGGCAGAGAACCAGGCGAUCCGUUCCCGACUUACUGACGUGGAGCGAGCUCGGUUAGCCAUGGAGAAAGCUCUGCUUCAAGAGAAGGAGGAACACCAGCGACUUUCAAGUGAAGCUCAGAGUCAGCAUGAAGCAGUCGCCAGGCUGACCCAGAAGCUGUCCAAAGUGAAAGCACAUGCAGGCAACCUGGAGAGCGACGUACAUAAAUUUGAGGUCCAGCUGGCAGAGAAGAACCUGCAUAUGAACACCGUGCAGCAUGAAAACGAGCAGAUAGCUGCUCGUGUGAAAGAGCUGGAAGCGGCCGUGCAAGCUGAGAAGGAGCUGGCCACUCGUACUGUCGCUCGCCAGGAGGCCACUCAGGAGCUCCUGAACCAAGCCCAGCAUGACGGCAAGUUGUAUCGGCAACAACUAGAGGAGGCCCAAAACAAAGCCAUCGCCAAUGAGAAUGCUUUGACAGACGCGCAAAAGUCUUUCAACGACAUGUUGCUCAAACUUCGCACCGACUCUGAUGGCAGAACACAAGGAGUGCAGGAAAGAAAUAAGGAGCUUACCACUAAGGCAGCUGAACAAGAAACACAUAUUCGCAAAUUAGAGCAGGAGAAAACUGACAGACAGAUUAACCAGAGACAGCUGCAGCAGGACAUUGCAGACAUGUCAAGGAAACUGUCAAAGUGUGAAGCUUCCCUGGAGAUCGCCACAACACAUCGCAGUGAUUUAGAGGAAGAGAAGGCUCGCCUCCAGAAAGAUAUUGACAAGCUUAAAGUAAAGCUGGAAGAAAGAGAGGCCCAGUGCUUACAAGCUGACAGGAACAUGAACGAUCGAAUGAUCCUUUUGGAUGAACGAGAGAAAGAACUCGGCGUUGCUGCUCGCAAACAGAAGGAAGCCCAGGCUGCCGCGGCCGCCUCCAACGCCAUUGUCAAGCAGUUAGAAGAGGCCACGCAAAGGCUGGAGAUCGAGAACAUCAGACUGCAUGCCGCUGCAAAGCAACACAGCCACAAAAUCGAUGCGCUUCAGAAAGUCGCUCAAGAGGACGCCAGGAUCAGAGUUCAGUUGGAGGACUUGGUGACAAGUCUCCAAAGCAGUAAAAUUACUCUGGAGGACCAACUCAACAAAGAGGUGCAAAGGCAAAGCAUGCUAUCUAACAAUGCCCAAGACACUCAUGCCAUGUGGCAAGAAGAGAUGAAGAGCCGCUCCAAGUUAGCGCUGCGUCUCGCAGAGCUUGAAAAAGAAAAACAGGAGCUGAACAGCCAAGUGGACAUUGAGAAGAAGAAAGCAGAGAACGCGGCAGAGCAGAAGAAGGCUGUCGACUUGCGGCUCGAACAGGAGAUGAAGAGAAACACAGAUCUUCAGAAAGAAAUGUACAGGCUGCAAACACUACUUAAAACAGCUAAGAGGAAACUGCAAGAUCAGCAAACAAGUAGUGCUGAGAGAGAAAAGCUCUGUCACCAGAUCAACGAGCUUCAGUCGGACCUGGAGAGAGAGAUGUCUUCUCGUAUCCAGUCGGAGAAGAGCAGGAGGCAGCUGGAGGAGGAGGUGUUGAGUCUGAGACGCAACCAAGGACCCCCAAUGGACAUUGGUGCCCAGGGUUCAACGGGCAACGUUCUUAACACGCUGGGCGCUCAUCUCUUGUGCCAGUGCUCAAAACAAUUCAGCCCUGUGUCUGAGGGGCCAGCCUGCAGCGUGGAGGGGUACCUGUCCAGGAUGCGGCAUGACUUGGAUAUGGCCGUGUCGAGAGAGUUAGGCAUGUCCUCAGUGAGACUGGACAUGUCUUCGGGAUGCGUAUCCCCGGUCAGCAGGGCAAGGCAGCAGUAUGCCAAUGUGCUGAAGAGAAACCAUGAGGUGUAAGCCCUUGGGAAGCAAACACUACAAUGGAGGGUUGGCUGCUCUUGGCUGUAUUUUCAUAUAAAAAAAAAUUUCUUCUUAUGAAAGUAUAUGCAAUCACAAUGCAAAAUGUGCUUAAAUGUCCAUCUUCAUUGCAUGAAAGCUUGAGUUCUACUUUAAAAAAAAAUUCCUCCAUAAUUAGCUGAAGACAGAACACACGUUUAUUGGUGAAUGAAAAAACAUUUGAAAAUGUACACCAGUGGUCUCAAACUCGAGGCCCGAAAUGACAGCUUAAAGCUGUGUGCACACCGGACACAAUUAACAUGAUUUUGCCCCCUGCCCAUACUGUUACCCUACCCUGUUACCCCGCCCUGUUUUGCUUUGGAUUAGCAAUGAAGCUAAAGGCUUAUGACGCUAGGUACAAAUAAAUGCAGGAAAUGAUUUGGAAUAAAAGGGAAAAUACACGUCAAGAUAAAGCAUCUCAUCAAACAUGUUGUUAAAGUUACCACGCUGCUCCCAGAUGGAACUGAGUACGAUGCUAACUUGCUAAUUGGGUAAAAUGAUUAAGUUUCAUUAAUGUUCAUGUUAAAGGUUAAAUAACUGUUAAUACUGUACAUUUGAAUCUGAAAAAAAUAAUUUCUCUACCAACUGUAUGUGGUUUCUUCCGUUUUUCUUAUUUGUUGUUUUAUUAUUAUUUUACUUAUUUAUUACUGAUUUAUUAUCUUUAUGCUUAAUUUGUUUAUUUAUUUUAUUUUGUUAUUUUAUAUUUUAUCUUAUUUUGUGUAUAGAAAAAUAAAAAUAAAGAUAUUUGAGAACAGUGGAAUGUUUUAUCAGAUAUUUUGGUGUGGAAAACCGGAACCAAAGUACUGAAAAAGUGUAGGGUAUAGCAGAAGCAAAAGCAUUGAAGAUAGUUUUUUUAUUGAUUUUUUUUUUCUCCAGUUUUCAAUAAAUGCGUUUUGGGGUUUUUUUGAAAACCUGAUGCAGCCCGGCUUCACCCAGAACCUAGCUCCGGUGGCCCCCAGGUAAAUUGAGUUUGAGACCCCUGAUGUACACCAAGGGUGAUGGACACAGCAGAUCUUCCUGGUAGCGUUCUAUUUCUUCCAGGAUCUGCACCUAUUCACCUGCAUUUUUUCAAUUGACAACUUUGCCAUCAUUUAACAUGAGAAUACAACAUUCUAACUAUAUUUAUAGGUCAGAAAAGUGGAAAAAGUAUAACAGGUCCCCUUGGUGAAGGUGUUACAAGAAUACCUGACCAGGAGGAGAUCUAGAACAUGUUAGAGGGAUUGUGUUACGCAGCUGGCCUGUGAAUGUAUCCAACUGGAAGACUGCUGACACUGCAACAUAUCUGUGAGCAUUUUAACAAUAUAUGAAUACAGUACAUACAAAGCAUAGUAACAACAUCAACACAAUAAUAUCCAUUCUUCUGCUUAUAUGAGGUCAGGUUUCCGGGGGCCCGUCAGCCUAAGCAGGGAAGCCCAGACAUGGUCUCUCCAACGUGUCCUGGGUCUUCCCCGAGGACUUCGCCGAGCCCAGGGAGGCUUCCAGGAGGCACCCGGACCAGAUGCCUGAGCCACCUCAUCCGGAUCCUCCUAACGCCAAGAAGCAGCAGUUCUACUCAAGAGUUUCUCCCGGAUAACAGUGCUUCGAACUUCAUCUCUUAGAGAGAGCCCAGCCACUCUAUGGAGAAAAACUAAAUUUGGCCGCUUAUCCUUUCGGUCACUACCCAAAGCUCAUGACCGUAAGUGAGGGUACCAGCAGCCCCGUGACCCUUGUGAGGAAAAGCGGUAGAAAAUGAAUGAAUGAAUGAAUGAAUACAACGAUGUCGUACAUUGUCACAACAUGAACACAAUUAUAAAAUUUGUUACUUCCAUUUUAUUACAGCCAAUAAACUUGAGAAAAUGUAGUCAAUACUGUAAAAGUAUCAAUCAUUCAUUCAUUUUCUACCACUUUUUCCUCACGAGGGUCGCGGGGGGUGCUGGAGCCUAUCCCAGCUGUCUUCGGGCGAGAGGCGGGGUACACCCUGGACUGGUGGCCAGCCAAUCACAGGGCACAUAUAGACA